UGGUAUAUUUAUUGUUGAAGUUUAUAAGAGCAACUUAUAAAAAGCAAAAGCUGCAAUUAAAGUUUAACAGUUUUUCGAGAUGGGUCAAGUGCGUAAGAAUCUCACUCUGUUAGUGCUUAUCAUAGGGUUCAGUGUAGUUAUUUCCGCGCCGGCCAAGAAAAGCAAAUGCGAUGGGAAAGGAUUAAAUAUUACUCCGUCCGAACAAUCGUGUCUUCUCGGGCAUAUGCUUGAAGUUCUUACUCAGCUCAUCAACAACCAAAAGCAUCCCAUUUGCCUGAAGACGAAGGUACCACAAUGUUUUCAUGAUAGUGGGACUGAUCAAAACAAAACGGACGUGCAUAUCAGGGACGACACAUCUGAUAGAAGCUACAACGAGGACUCUGCUUCCGAGACUUGCACAAACGAAGAUACUUCUGAGGCGUGCGAUUCAGCCGAGCUGUACUCCAGCAGCACAGAAUCACAGCCUACGUCUAAAGCGUAUGAAUAUCCGGAAGAAGAAUAUGAAGAUAUUUCUAAGGACAUCCCUACAACGACAUCAGUAAACGAAGAUGAGAGUGAUAAUCUCAAUGAAGACAUCUCAACGGACAGACCCGUAACGACUGCAGCAACUGAAGUUGAGACUGAAACUACUGAAACAGAAUUUUCUGACGUCAGUCCUACAACAGCAGCAAGCGAUGAUGUGAAGGAAAAUAUAUAUGGAGAUAUUUCUACCGACGUACCUGUAACUACACCAGCAACUAACGAUGAUGAAAAUACUGAAGAAAACUUGAAUGAGGACAACCCUACAACGACAGCAGCAAACGAAGAUGAGAGUGAAAAUCUCAAUGAAGACAAUUCUUCGGACAUGCCUUUAACGACACCAGCAACUGAAUAUGAUAGUGAAUAUACGAAGAAAGAUUUUGAUGACAGCAUCCCUAUAACAACAGAAGCGCGCGAAGAUACCAAUGAGAAGGGUUUUCCAGCAGACUUUAAAAUAAUAACAAGACCUACUCCAGAACCAACCAUCGAUAGUCUUGAUGCAGAUGCUUCUUUUGCCACUACAACUACUGAAAUCACCGAUUUAAAUUCGAUAACCAGGAAGGAUUAACUGAUAAUUCUACAACCGACACUGAAAUUACUGAACCCGAAGUUUCUCCCUUAAAUGCUGACCCAUCAAACACUGCAACUGAAGCUUCAAUACA